UGCGCUCGCGUCGUCCCCGCCCCCUCCUGCCAUGGCUCGCGAGCUCAUCGGUCCCGCGCUGCCGCCCGGCUUCCCGCGCUGCGUCGAGGCGGACCCGGAUGAGGACUUCAGCCAGGUUGCAGGACCAGCACUGCCUCCAGGCUAUAAAAGCAGCUGUAGCUCAGAAACUCCUGACAGUGAUGAUGACUUAGAAUCUCUUCCUCUACCCAGAGACACAAACAAAGAAUCUGAAGAGGAGACAGAAGGCGAUCCAGCACCCAAAAAGCCAAAAAGAAUUCAGGAAGACGAUGAUGAUGAUGGCUUUUUUGGGCCUGCUCUUCCUCCUGGAUUUAAGAAACAGGAUGAUUCUCCAGAGAGGCCCAUUAUAGGUCCUGCAUUACCGCCUGGCUUUAGGAAACCUUCACAGGACACCGGGAAUAGCAGAUGUUCCAUAGGACCGUCUGUUUCAUCAGAAUUCCGUACCCAGGUAACAGAUAGUAGUGAGGACGAAGACAAUCUUAUAGGUCCAAUGCCUGCAAAAGAACCAGUGGAGUCUGAUGUGACUAAAGAAUUUGAACGCAGAGCUCAGAGAAUGAAGGAGAAACUUACUUCAGCAGAAAGCGAUGAACCCAAGCAGGUUACCAGGGAAUCGUGGAUGACAGAACUUCCACCUGAAUUGAAAAGCUUUGGAUUUGGCCCAAGAACAUUCAAGAGAAGAGCUGAUGACAAAUCGGGCGAUAGAUCUAUUUGGACAGAUACUCCAGCUGACAGAGAGAGAAAAGCCAAGGAAAGAGAAGAGGCAAAAAAGUCAACCAGUAAGGAUAAUGAAGAAAUUGUAUUAUCUGGGAGAGACAAGAGACUUGUUGAGCAGGUGACUUCAUACAAUGAGUCAAAGAGGUCAGAAUCUCUCAUGGACAUACAUCAGAAAAAGCUGAAGAGCAAAGCAUCCGAAGAAAAGAACAAACCUCAAGAAAGAAGGCCAUUUGACCGAGACCAGGAUCUCAAAGUCAAUCGAUUUGACGAAGCACAAAAGAAAGCCCUUAUAAGAAAAUCCAGAGACCUGAAUACUAAAUUUGAGCACAGUAAAGGCAAUAUGUUUUUGUAACAUAAAAGCAUGAAGCUUUUUUGAAGUGAAGUCAAUUAAACUUUGAAUACUUAAUUUUUUAAGUAUUUUUCUGUAAAUAUUUGUAUGCAAAAUAAAUACCCCGAUGUUUAACUAUUUUUCCCUUGUCUGUAAAUACUCUGUUAGGGAGGAUCAUCUGUACUAAAACUAAACUGGUAAAGGAAGGCCCUGGUAUAGAAAAAGAUAAUGUAGAUUUGCUACUUUAAAAUGUUGAGAGAGAUACAUAUAUAUUUUAUUAGCAUAAAAAUAAUUAAUUAAAAUGGCUAUUAUUUUAAGGAGUUCUAGAUUUGAUCUUGCAAUGGAGUUGGCAGUUUCCCCCUUUCUCCUGCCAUGCGUAAGAUACUCUUCCUGAGCCUGACCUGAAGGCCAUGGAAAAAUCCCCUUUAGGCUCGUGGGCAGGACAUUGCUUGACUGGAGUUCCUGCUGGGGCGUAUAAACUCAAAAUGGCAGCUUUUACGUCCGCCCAGUGCUUUUCUAUGAUUCUGUGUCUGUACAUAAAUACAAGUUUAUAUGUAUGCGGUAUAAUUUCUGUACUAUAGCAGGAAGAGCUCGUCGUAGCAGAAUAAAACCUCAAGAUUUGCAGAUUUAAUUAUAAAACGGUAGUAUAUAAGAAAAGAAUAUCUCAUUUGAAUUUCAAUUUGUAGGGUGUAUCAUCAGGAAAUCCGUCUUUUUUAAGCAAAUACAAUGUGAAAAAUCAAACCAAAAUAAAGCUUAUUUUGUCAGUUAAUUUGCAGAGCAGAACAGCUCUUUGAUAUCAAAAAGGAAAUAAAUCUGACAUUUAAAAAAUCUA